GUCGCCGCGGCCACCGGCCACACGGUGGUGAUGGUGGACCAGACCGAAGAUAUUCUGGCAAAGGCCAAAAAGGGAAUCGAAGAAAGCCUAAGGAAGGUGGCAAAGAAGAAGUUUGCAGAGAACCCUAAGGCCGGCGCGGACUUCGUGGAGAAGACCCUGAGCAACAUUGCCACCAGCACAGACGCCGCGGCCGCUGUCCACAGCACGGACCUGGUGGUGGAGGCCGUCGUCGAGAGCCCGGCCGUCAAGAACGAGCUCUUUGGGAGGCUGGACAAGUUCGCCGCUGAGCACACCAUCUUUGCCAGCAACACGUCCUCACUGCAGAUCACCAGCAUCGCCAACGCCACCACCAGGCAGGACCGGUUUGGGGGCCUCCACUUCUUCAACCCGGUGCCGCUGAUGAAGCUCGUGGAGGUCAUUAAAACGCCCAUGACCAGCCAGAAGACGUUCGAAUCUCUGCUGGACUUCAGCAAGGCCCUGGGGAAGCACCCUGUCUCCUGCAAGGACACUCCCGGGUUCAUCGUGAACCGCCUCCUGGUGCCCUACCUCCUGGAAGCCAUACGGUUGUACGAGCGAGGCGAUGCGUCCAAGGAAGACAUCGACACGGCCAUGAAGCUGGGGGCUGGGUACCCCAUGGGCCCGUUCGAGCUGGUUGAUUACGUCGGGCUGGACACCACGAAGUUCAUCCUGGACGGUAGGGGCUGGCGGCCUCGAGGCCCCUCUUUCAUUGCGCUGAGGUGGCCUCUUUAAAAAGGAUGGCUCUCG